AUGGAAACGCUCGAGGAAGAUGACAACCUGCCCCGAUGGCUCUUCAUCCUCCUCACCGUUGCAAUCACGCUUCCGUGGGCCAUCGUCCCCGUCUACGAUGCCAUCGAUUCCAAGUACCGUACAAUCCAAGCCACUGCGUGCCGCCUCCUCACCAGCACUCUUCUUCUGGUUGUCUCUUACGCGGCCGCACUCUUCUUCAUCAUUCACGAGGGCGUAGUUGCAGGGGAUGAAACAAUUGCUAUCCUCGUCCUGAUCAUCUUCAAUUUAUGGUAUGUUCUUCGAAACAUCAGAGGAUGGCUCCAGCUCUUGGCACUGCGCCGGGUCAAGCCCGCCUUUGUUCUCAUGCACAAGAACAUCUUCUCCUCGUUCUCAGCGGAGCUGGCUGGACACUCGACCUCUCCCAUUCGUACAGUUCUCGUCUCGGAGCGACUUAUUGAUAACGACUUUAUGAGCGACACCCCCUUCCUUCAACCCUUUCCGAAGCUAUAUGGUAAUCCCAGGGUCGACAACAACCUAAGCGGGUAUUCCGAAGAAAGAAAAUAUCAAAUUCAAACUGUCGAGAUCUUCGCCGUUGCCAUAUGGAAGGCAUGGUGGACGCAAGACAUUUCCAUCCUUCAAGCGGAAAACGACUUAUCGGCGAACUCCCGCCUAACCCACGGAAUUUCUUUCUACCCCAAAACCGAAAACCUGGAUGCCUCCCUAGGUGGUCCGCGGUAUCCGGCAGGGUUUUGUGAACAAGCGGAAGAAGAAGGCCUCAGCGCGAGGCAAAAAUGGAUAGAAUUACUGGCAUCCUACAGCACUGCAUCUAAUCGUGUGGUAGGUCAGCAGGAUACGCCCCAAGAUCCUACCGCUGACAUGAUUAAUUACGACUUUAGCCAUGUCGUCGCGCUUGUUGUGGAGGAAAAAUCAAUCCGAAAACCAAACAGGAUAUCUAUCUUAUGGCACAAUACCGCGCGAUUUGAGAAGGUAUACGAGGAUAACAGGAAAGCUCUAAUCGAAGAAGAAGAGAUUCCUAAUGUUGUGCUUCCGACAUGGAGUUCAUGGGUGCAGAUUGCUCAGGACAUAAGCACAAAUUUGUGUCGACCAGUCUACCUGAAUGGGUCUCUGCUGACCAAUUUUGCGGCUGAGUUGUCUGCAGCCAGCGUGAUUCUUCUGCGUUAUCCCGAAAAGUAUAAAAGGCUUGUUGAACAAAUUCACAUGGAUGGGCUAAACGCGAGAUGGACGUAUGGAUGGUCAGGUUUACUGUCAUGCUUUUCUGCGCUGUGGACGAUGGAAAGGAUAUAUUUCGCAAUGCUGAACGGGCUUUCGCUGCUUGCGAUAAGUGGAAAUGGCGAAGUUGCCAAUAUUGACAAAAACAUUCGGGCAAUGCUGUACGGGUACGCAUCGUUCGCUGUGAGUGACCGUGCCAUAGGAGAGAAGAUCAAGGAUUUACAACAGAAGGAAAUGUCUCGACGUCACGUAGCGAACCUAGGGGUAACCUUUCGUGGGUAUGGACUCGACACAGUCCGAAGAGCUUGCAAACGGCUUGGAAUUCCGCGAGAUGUUCGUUUUAUGGACGGACCGUUGGCCUUGUCCGUGGCGUGGGCUAUGCAAUACCUGGACGGGGAAUGUGGGCUAGACACGCUAACGCAAGGCAACACGCAUGAAGAAAUUGAUCGUUUGUUGGGGUCGAGCACGGCAUGGAGAUAUCCCGCUCGAUAUGAUUGAAAGGACUACGCCAUGCGGGCAUCGGCUGACCGAAAGGUUCGCCCAUGGGAUAUCGGUUCUACAGCGGCCCCUGAAGCGAGCAUUCACGACUGAUUCUUUUGUAUGAGGGAGAGCAAUGCUGUUUCAGCAUAAUAUAAGUGCGCAGGACCCACGACAAGAUGUUAUCUCUGGUGUCUUCGAUCGUACGGAUAUUCGCUGGAGAAGCCUAGUUCAGCGUCCAUGAAAUGCAACUCUUGGAGCAGUCUGGUUGAACUGCAUCACCAUAUCCUGACCAUUUAAAUACUGUAGAAUUUAACUGAAAAUUGGUCUCGCUUCUCGUGGUUCCGGGGUGGCAGAAGAGCAACAGCCAAGGUAAUUAUCUGCUCGACCCCGUGCACAGUCAUGGGAUAGGAGUCCUCGGAAGCACAGGAGGACUCGAUCAUCUGGAUAUGCAGUAUGUGAGCCAUAUAUUGUCUAUCGACGUCGGUGAACAUGGAGACCACAUACAGUAUCGUCUUGCCAGUUCUUUGGAGCUUGAGGUAAAGUACUGCAUGAAUGGUACCUUUUUCUAAGGAGCCUGAAAAGGAUGUUUAUUUGCGAAUUUGGCGUGGGCUGAGCCAGCGAAAACUCCCUUACUACGUGGGCCAUGAACCUGCAUUCUGAAGUAAGGCCAAAGAAGAGUCAGAAUGGAUUCCUGGGAGCUUUGAUGCCUUUCUAGAAGUCGAUAAUAGUAGACUUGAAUCUUCGAGUAGGGCCAUUGUUUCUCUUAAAG